CAUGACAAGUAAUCUACGUUUUAAACAAACUUUUUAUUAGUCUCUGAAAUUUGUUGCAGCUGAGUAAGCGAAUUCGUAUUCCCUAAAAUGUUAAGGAAGUUAAAUUUUAUCAAAUUAAUUAGUCUUCUUGUUGUCGUGCCUUUUAAGUACUCUUAUAGUGAGGAUGUUUUUUUUGUCGUGAACAAGUACCAAGGGUCUCAGUUUUAUUGUAUAACAAACAGCUCCCGUGCAUUAAGUUGGAUAAUUGAAGACACCUCAUCCCCCAUAGAUCUACAGCAAGGAUCAAGAUUUCUUCCAAUCGCAGAAACACUCUGGAAAGUGGACUGCAAUGAAAUCCGAAAGUAUGGCUGGCAGUGUCGUCAGUCAGUUGCGGAUGAAAUUAUUACCGAUCGGCGUUGGGAAAACAUACAAAUUGAUAAAUCAGACUAUGCAGCAGUUUCCUCUCAAACGGAAUUACAAUUUUCAAAGGUUCUGGAGCUAGAAAAUGCAAAUUUUAACGUCCCGCUUUCCAUCCGCACAAGGCUGGAAGCUCAUAUAUUUUUGUGUGGUGGCGAAACCGUAACAUCAAACUGUUACUGGCUUAUAUUACAAGCAUUUGGGGGAACAAAAUCUGUACUGAGAAAAUGUCCUGUUAAUACAAUACCUACAAAAAAUAAUGUUGCGGUGGGGAGUCCCUGCGAUACCAAUAAGGUUUCAAAAGAACACGAAUCAGAGUCUUCUAAAUUUCUAACAAAUACCACAUGGCAACACUUUAUGUUGACAAAAAAUAAUAAUAAAAUUAGUCUCAUCAAACAAGACGGUCAGGAAAUAAUAUCAUACACCGACAACGAAGAGACAUACAAGAUAAGGAAUAUUUUAAUACACAGUAAAAGAACUGUAGGUCUUUGGAAGAUUCAUAAAGAUAAAUACUUUACAAUUGACCAAACAAAAAGAACAGAUUUUGAACGAACCUUGUACCCAGUAAACGGCAAAAUUUGUAUUACUACUUUCGUGAGAAUGUGCAAAACCUGCAAAAUAAAAUUUGUGAUUACAAAUGGAGACAAUGAUAAACAAGUUUUGGGGCAACAAAUUUACGAAAAGAUGCCCAAAUGGACCGAAAUUACGUUUGUUAAACGAGUAACUGAAGCCAAGAGCGUUAAAUUUGCAAUUAUCACUACGGGCGAAAUUAUUUCACAUUCUUACUGGGAUAUACAAGAAAUACAACAAUGUGGAGAAAAUGGUCUAAGAAUGAUUCAGGUGGAUAUGAUGGCAAAUUGUCAACUUUUAAGUUCCGAUAAUAAAGUCAUUUCUUUGGAUACCGCUGUGACACCAUCUUAUGCAGCCAAGUACACCAAGUGUGCCGAAAAUACUAUUAGUACACACUGUGUACCUUGUAACUUAUUUCUCAAUGAAGAUUGUGGACAGAUAAAAGUAUGUGAAUUCAACCAAAACGGAUUGCUUUGUUCAUGCUCAGCUGGAUAUAAAACAGACCAUGGGAAUAUUAACUGCCAAACUAGCUGUGAUGAUGGAAGUUACGGACAUCAUUGCAGCAAAACAUGCAGUACGCAUUGUGUGCGUUGUGACCCUGUUGAUGGAACGUGUAGAUUUUGCACUAAUAAUUACAAGGGUCCAAAGUGUACGAUGGCACCAACGCCACUUUUUAAAAAUCCUCCCAAAAUAAAAACAUUGGGAUACACAGAAACCGAAAUACACGUAGAUAAUUUUGAGUUAGAGGGUACUUCAGACAAUGCCGGUUCUCAUUACGAAUACACUAUCCAAUACAAGGAAGCAAAUUCUAGAAAAUGGACUCUUCAUACUGACAGCGUUAGCGCAGGGAUGCCACACACAUUUAAAAUCGAAUAUUUAAUACCUGGCGUAAAGCAUUACGUUAGAUCCAUUAUACAAAAAUAUGUAGCAAAUUAUAGCGACAGCAUUCCUAAAACUGAGUUUGUUACAAAGUGUGACGUGAUGAAGAGCGAAGAUCUUGAAGUAGAUGCUACCAGUACCACAGCUUCUUUGACUGUGAAAAGGGACAAGACAUUUAAAAUUUGCAAAUUGAAAAGUUAUGAAACAAAUAUCGGAAUACAGCCUAAUACACCGUACUUUUCUUGUCAUUUGGAUGGCACGACUUUAAAUAUCAAUGGUUUAAGGCCUCUUGAGAACUUUACUUUGACAAUACAAAACAAAAACACAGUUGUGAAAAUACCAUUUCGCACAACAGGAGGAGUACCAGACAAAGUAACGAAUGUGAUUACAAGAGCCACAUCAGAUUCCAAAAUUAAUGUAAAGUGGAACGCUCCAUCUAAACUAAAUGGAAACUUUCAAGAUUUUGUUGUCUCAUAUAAGAUAAUUAAGUAUCUUACUUGUGAUGCCGCUCCAACUCACCCCGAAGAACUUACAGAAAUUUCGACAGAUCUAUCCAUAACUUUAUCUAACUUAAAUCCGUACACACUAUAUUCCAUUUCUGUUAAAGCCAGAAAUACAAAAUUAUCUGGACUAGAAGAAAAGGUAGAACAAAAUACUCCGCAGUCAGACACAAUCCGUGAUCAAGAAAUACCAAAAGCGUCUUUAAAAAAAACGAAUAGUCGCUCGGUGGAAUUCGAAUUUUCGAGCGUACCCUGUAGCAACGUAGGGGGCCCCCUACAAGUUGUAACAACUGCAAUAUGUUUAACGGACUGGUGUAAAGACAACAAUGUAACGAAUUCCUUCACAUAUCCCCUACAUAAAACGUUCACAUUUAAUAGUCUUGCGCCGUUCACAAAUUAUCAGCUAAAACUUGAAUUUCACAGAAAAGCUUCCAUUAAAUUUAGUACAUAUGGUAACUUUGAAACUAAAACUGAAGCUCCUUAUGCUGUUAAUAAUAUGUCAGUUUAUUCAAAAAAUACACACUCGAUUUCUGUUCGUUGGCGGCCACCGAGUCCUCCGACUGGAAUUAUAAAAUUGUAUCAAAUAAAAUUGCUUGGGCACGUCGAAAAUAUUAAUGUCACCAACUCGCCUUGUUUUUUGUGGCCCGAGUACCAGUGUUACACUUUGGAAAAUUUGUUAGAAAAUAUUACUUAUUCUGUUCAAUUGAGUGCGAAAAACGAGGAACCGGACAAGUUUGGACAAACUGCAGUAAUUAAUAACGCGAUGACGACAAUUGAAUCCUCAGAGGAACCUCCUGACGUUAUGGUCAAGUGGACUUUAGAAAAUGAUCUUGACAUAAGAUGGAAACAUCCAGUUGUAGCGAAUGGCGACAUACAAAGUUUCAAGAUAAGUGUAGUUCCUCACUCUUCAUCCAACCAGAAAGGAAUUGAUACAUCUUUGGACAUUACAAAAGAUCAAUAUAAACCUACGUAUCAAAAGAUUGUAAAAUUGCAAAAUAUACGAAACUCAACAAAUUAUAAAAUCAUGGUUAAAGCUUUCAAUGGUAAGGAGGGAAAAACAGGUUUCGUCAUAGACGUGAGUCCUCCUGAAAUUCCCGUGCUUGUAACAGAUCCAAAAAUCAUUGGCAUUUCAAACAAUAAAAUCACACUUCAAGUUGAGAAAAAUAAAAAUAUGAACACCGCGAACACUUACAAGCUAUUUUUGUUAGUGUCAAACGCCAAACUACAAUCCGAUUCUUAUCCACCGGAGCUACAAAAUUUUGAAAACAAUUUCAACAUAAGUCUUUCACCGUUUAGAGUGAUUUACGAGUGCGACAGUCUUUCAACCACAAAGCAGUUUGUAAUAGGACAAAGCGGCAACGUUACAAACUGCAAACAAGAUUCAAAUAUUCCUCUAACGCCUGGAACUUCUUACAACGUAACGGUGAUGCUUGUUAGCACCUAUCGAGAUAAAAGAAGUUACAAAUUAUACUCCAAAAGCGCAUUCACUUCCGGUGAAUCUCCAAACACCUCUUGGGAUUUAAGGUUUCUAGUUUUGUUGCUGCUGCUACUGAUUGCAUUAAUCCCCGUUAUCUAUACAUAUCGUCUUUACAAGAAGAAUAUACUUGCGACUUCAGGGCAAGAUGUCGGCAACCGUAAAUUAACAUCCUCACUGGAAAGUCGUUUAGAUGUUGGUGGUUUAAAUAAUUUGCAAUCUAAACCAAUUCCAAAAAGAAAAUUUAACAAUUACGUUAAGACCAACUUAGAAAAUAAAAAACUGGCAGCGCAACAUAACGCCAUCUUAGAAAAUACCGCAGCAGAAUAUGAAGAAAUUGGUGAAAAAACGUAUUUAGAGCGCAUUGACUUACACUUCACUACCGGACAUCGCAUUCCCGAAGUUUAUGCGAUUUGUGAUGUACCCAAGGAUUUUGAUAGCUUUUGGAAGUUGGUCUGGAACGAAAACAUUGAACACAUAGUUUUGUUAGAUAGUAUUCACUGGCACCAAAUUAGAAAAAAUUACUGGCCCAAAUUCGGUUUAAGCUUAGACAUCAAACACAUGUUAGUGCAUUGUAUUCACGAAGAGAUUUUUACAGACCACGAAUACCGAACCUUUAAACUGACGUACCAAGAUGAAAUACGCCUAAUCAACCAACUUCGUUUUACCGCAUGGACCGAUUUUGAUUUACCUCACUCGUUGACGUUCGUCAAUUUUUUCAAAAAAAUGUCUGUAAUGUCGUUAAACAGAAAAUCACCUAUUCUUAUCCACUGCAGUACUACACGUGCAGGAACCGGUUUUGCAUUGUUAUGUGACAUGUGCUUAAGAAUUUCUAAAAAAGACAACGUUGUGGAUGUAUUCAAGAACAGUCAAAUCCUGAAGGAUUCCAACUUUAACUUGAUAGAUAGUUAUAACUGCUAUCAACUGGCUCAUUUAGUGAUUUUAGAGUGUCUACUUUCUUCCGAAUUGGACGUGGAAGUGGACUUACUCGAUGAUAAAUCCGAGCGUUCAGUACUCUAUGAGAAAGAACUUAAAAAAUAUUUAACGUACAUGAAAGACACAGCUUGGAUAGAUCUAUUAAGUCCCGACAAAAAUCGAGACAGCAACAUAUACUUUCGUGUUGACGCUCCAAGAUACGAAGGUGAAGUCCUGUUAAGGCCUUAUUGUCCCGAUGAAGAAAUCGACUCUUUUUUAUCUUCCCUCGAUGGAGUUAUAAUUGAUGAUUGUUCGUGUCCGAAGAAGUAUAUACUACUUAAGCACCCUCAACAAGACAAUCUAGAGCAAUUUUGGACAAUGGUGUCGAAAGUGGAUGUUUCUGUAAUUAUUAAUCUGAACGAAAACGACUUUUUUGGCGCCAAUCUGCUGCUGAACCAAGACGGCUUACAAGUUAGUAAAACCUUGAUUCUAAAACUCGUAAAUGUUACUCAUUUCAAGUGUUACGAUUGGAUAACUGUACGAAUACUUAUCGAUGGACAAAAGCACAGCAAAGACCUAAGAAUCUUUUGGAUGAAGAAUUGGUCCGGUGAAGAAGUUUGUCCACCGUCUGUACAAGAUUUCGUAGAGUUUUGUAUCGAGAGUACCAGCGUAACGGCUGCUUGUAAUUCUAUACUAAUUACAUGCUGUGACGGAGCUACAGCAUCAGGGCUGUAUGUGGCAAUGUCUUACAACAUAGACAACAUUAAAAAAGAGAAAAAAUCCGUCAUUUGUACUUCCGCAAGACUUGUAAGACGAUAUCGUCACCAAUUUGCAACAAAAGAAGAGCAGCUAAAAUUCCUCUGGGAGGCGACCGAAUUUUACAUGCAGCAACAUAACUUGUACGAAAUAUGUUAAUUGGCCAGAAAUAUUUUACUUUUUUUAUUAACAGUUUUUUUCUCAUCUUACUACAUGACAGCUUUUUACAAUGUUGAAUAGAAUUUUUAAACUAA